UCCACAUGGUCGGCGCAGUACGGGACGAAAGUGCGUCCGCCGGAGGAACACGCCUUAUCUUCUUAUAUCACGGUAGUACUUGAUCUGUCGCGUGUGGAUACCGGGCUUGAAGAUUGCUGCUGAGCCAUGAGGCGUGAAAGCGUCAUAUAUAUAUGGAAAGCGUGGAAGCGCAGCAAUCGUUGCUACCCCUCGACCCGUUAAUUAUCUCGGAAUGCAGCUGCGGUUAACAACCAGCGCAAGCUUCAAGGGGGUUCGUAGUCGUAAACAUUAGGUGUGUCGGCGUCACUUUGGUCUGAUACUGAUGCCGCCGUGUAAAAUACCUGUGACGAAUAUCAGCCUAGCUAAAAAAAUUCUGGUUACGCAUCGACCAACCUUCAGAAACACCAUAAUUACUCCAUGUACGAUCAUGGGUAAAUAGAGAAAAUUAAUGGAAGUAUGAAAAAAGAAGAAAAUAACCAUGAAGAGUUCAGUGACAUAUAACUAUAUAAAUAAGUAAAUAAAUAAAGAAACAAAUCAAGAGAUUGUUUUGAAUACAUGGUACGAGUAAACGAAUGAAUGAAUUAACAUGAGAUUUCACAAGAGAGGAAAACGGAAGUGUCAAACCCUAAAGCUAUACUCGCUUUGUUAUUAAUAUCACCAAGCUUGGAAGUCGGCGAUUUUUCGGAUUAAAUCUACAAGAGGAGGUAAUGCUUGUAUGGGUUAGCUGGCUGUUGCCUGUGCGGAGGGCAUGGAGACGGAGAGCGUGAAGUCAGGGGCUAGCGAGCAUAGCCAUAGCCACAGCCACCACAGUAGAGGCUCGCAAAAGCAUCAUAGAUCACACAACAACAAAUCUCAUCAUCACAAUCGUCAAUAUUCUCACAGGUCGUCGAGAAGUAGCCGCAGCCAAAGAAAGGAAAGGCAGAAUUUGGACCCCAGUGAAAUGGCUCCGUUUCAGACAACUGUCAAUGUGCGUGGGGAGAAUGUCGACCACUUGGGCCAAGAGGUGAUCGAGGUGCAGAUAUUGCCUCAGGAUGAAAACUGGGGAGAAAAUACGACCGCAGUUACUGGAAACACCUCAGAUAGGUCGGAAUCGACAGAAGAUGUCAGCAACUGGCAGAACGAGAGUGACGGAUCCUUUGGUUUCACGUGUAACCGUUACGUGGGACCAGCAGUUACAACGGUCCUUGGAAUUAGUGCGUUCUUCAGCCCUAUAGCGAUGGUUGUGCUCCCGAAGCUGGGUUUCUUUCCAGACUCGACUAAUGUCCUUACUCUUCAACAAAGGCUUCAACGUCUUUCCUGCAACGCAGAGUGCAAGGGGCAGCUUGUAGGCCUGGCUUUCAAGCUUGUCUUGUUAGGGAUCGGGAGUUGGGCAGUCUUUCUCAGACCUGCGAACGCUACCAUGCCUCGAAUAUUCCUAUUCAGAUUUGGUGUACUGAUGCUAACGCUGUUGUGCAUUUGCACGUACUGGCUUUUUUACGUUGUUCAGCUGACGGAAAGUGCAAAGACUGCAGCAAACGGGGAAAUUACAGAGUAUAAGAGCUUAGUAAGCUACGCUGGAACUCUGACCGACACUCUCUUGUUUAUUCACUAUGUGGCCGUACUGCUUGUUGAAAUUCGUCACCUGCAGCCCACGUUUUAUCUCAAGGUAGUACGAUCUCCAGACGGAGAAUCGAGAUCUUAUGCUAUAGGGCAAUUGUCAAUCCAGAGAGCGGCUGUAUGGGUUCUGAAAAAGUAUUACACAGAGUUUCCUGUUUACAAUCCUUAUCUAGAGCGCCUGCCGGUUUCGAAAUCCAAUAGAAAACAGUCCAGUUUCAAGUUCUACGAGGUUGACGGUGGCUCCGGGACCACUGUCACUCAACGUGGAGCUGGUGGGGACCGAGCAGUCCUCGCAGCUCAAGCCCGUCGGCGUGACUCAAGUCAUAACGAGCGUUUUUACGAGGAACACGAUUACGAGCGUCGGGUGAGAAAGCGUAAGGCACGUCUAAUCACCGCUGCCGAGGAGGCGUUCGCUCACAUAAAACGCCUCCAUUCGGAGGCCGAAUCCGCACCAAAUCCGGGCCCAAUGGAUCCGAUGGAGGCGGCACAGGCUGUUUUUCCAUCUAUGGCGCGGGCCCUUCAGAAAUAUUUACGGGUAACGCGUCAGCAGCCUCGACACUCGGUAGAAUCGAUUUUGGGGCGGCUCGCUAGGUGUCUCGCCCAAGAUGCGGCCCCUCGUGCCUUCCUGGAGCCGUUUUUCGCUCCGGGUCCUGUCCUGGCUAAUGAAAAAGAACGGCAGAGGAGGUCUCAGCAUUGGGCUUUAGUUUGCGAAGGGGAAUUGCCGUCGAGAUCUCUGACCUCUGGUUGUGAAUUUCAACUACGGCAGGGCGAAAUCGCGUUGCUUUGCACAGUGCAUAGGAUACCGCAUUUUAAUCUCACCGAGCAACUCGCACAUCCCAAGUCUAACAAAUUUUUGCUACGACUUAAUUCCGAGACUUCUGUUUAGCCUUAACAAAAUAAAAUAAUAAUAGUAGGUCACAAAAGAGAUUAGUUAUAAAGUAUUAGUGAUGAAGCUGAAAAAAAUGGCGGAUGAAAUCUGGUAACGAUUUUGGGAGAAUUGCUUUAAUUGAUUUUACUUAGCUCGUAAGUUGUGGUUCAAGGGGAUACAAGCCGUUCCGUAUGGAGAAAACUCGUUAUAUUUCGAAAUACAUUGACCGAGUUAUACAGACGUAUCCACUAGAUAACGUAAUUGUUUUUAUGAUGCGUGUAAAGUGUAGAAGCAAUUGGAUAGGUCAUGAAAUUAGUUACAACACGUUUUUAAAGUAUGAUAUAAAUUUUUCAUGGAGGCCAACACAAAUAUAAACAUCGCGAUGAACAAAUUAUUUCUGUUUUACCUAUUCUACACGUGGAAAUGAUUAUUCGUUAUCUAUUGAAGAUACGCACUAGGUUUUUUUUUUCUUAAUGUCUGUGGUAUUUGAAAUAAAAUCAACCUUAUAAUUGCGAUAGUGCUAUUCGUAAAACUAGGUAAAUUGCAUACUGAACAAAUAUGCGACAUAUGUAUUGAUUACUUAAGAUACGUAAAAAUUGCAAGCUGUAGAGCCUAUGUUCUUUUUAAAAAUUUUAUUUUCUAUUUUACAAUUAUAGAGUCCAUUAUCAAUUCGUGUUCAAAGCUUGAGGUGUGAACUCUGUCGUUUGUAUGGCAGGGAAAAUAGAGAGAAACGAAAAUAAAAGUGGAAGGAAGUUUAUUAUAGAUAAAAUUGCAAUGUCCGCUAUCACAGUGCGCACAAUCUUUGCAAUGAUAUUCAUGAUACCUAUGUCUGAGCGUGCCGAUUGUAAUGCUAUGCCAAUGUGUCAAGUCAGGGAGCUUACAGACGACGUGAUUACUUAUAAGUCUUAGAUAAACUGUCUGCAAACGUUGCUGGCCAAGCGGUUUGUAGCUCAAAUUUUUUUUUCAUAACAAUCCACAAAUUAUUUUUAAACAGGUAAGAACGGAACAAGGAUCUGAUUGGCUCAUUUGCGGCUACAUAUCAUAAUUUUAUGUAUAGUUUAAUACUAUCGUCGCGACGUACUGUCUACUGUAGUAUAAUAAUUAUUUAACGUUAUUAACCGUAAGUAAUAGCAAAAAUAAUUAUUGUAAUUGUAAUUGUAAUAGUUAUCAGGCUAUUUCAAAUCGUACAAUUAUGAAUUUAUGAUACGUAUUAGUAUAUACUAUAUACAUGCACAUAAUUGUAUAGCUAAAGCCUUUUUUGUACUUAUUUUGUACUAUGCCCUUUUUAUUGUACCUAGUGUAGCUUUUUUAUGCAACUAUUUUUUAUUUAUAUGCGUGGCGCGUGAAAAGACAAUUAAAAUAUGAGAAUACACGUUGCAAAAACGAAAAAUAACAGAGUCAAAUAAUUACCUUCAAAGACAAAACCCCAAAAUGUAAAAUUUUAUUUAAAUAUUAAUUACAUGUUACGCAAAUAAAGAGAUGAGAUAGGUGUCACAGACGAUUUCAUAGCAUUAGAGAUAGAAAAUCUACCUAGUGAUCGCAUCAUUUUUUAAUACUAUACUUUAUACAGAGUACCUACACAGUAGGGUGGUUCUUAUUUUGGUCAUAUCGGAACUUCUUUGCGCUCCCCCCUAGAAGUAAUCAAUAUAUAUGUAUAAAAAAAAAUCUGGCGAAACCUGAAUUUUUCCGAUAACUCUAACAUGCCCUGUCAAGCAGUCGAACUUUUAUAUGGAAAAAUGCAUACAUUUGAAUCCUCUGGCUAUUCUAUAGAAAAUUUAUUGCUCUACAAAAAAGGUCGCACGUAAAAUUUUUGUAAAAUUAAUAUUUGUCACAAUAUUAGUGAAAAAAAUUAAGUCAGUUCUUCGUUGAUACCAUAAUAAAUAUUUACCAGAAUUUUACAAGAGAUCUUUUUUGCAGGGCAUUAAAUUUCCUGCCAAAUAGCUAGAAGAAUUUUUUUAAUGAUAUAUAGUCUUAAAGUAAUUUAUAAUAUAUGUCAAUUACUUUUGGGGAGUGAACGCGAAGAAAUUCCGACAAUACCAAAAUAAGAACCACCCUACGAUACAGUUGUAUUAUAAAAAUGUAUUCUGCGGCAAUUUCCAUUAUGAUCAGUCAGUCAAAAGAUCGAUUAUGAUCGAUGCUACUCUACCAUACAAUCCAUCUUUGUCGUUGGACGAAGUUGUCUGUAAUUCAAAACAAUUAUAUAGUACGGGAUUAAAAAAGUACCGAUAAAAUCGAUUAGCAGCUAUGUUGGUGAAUAAUAAUAAUUCCUGAUAUGGAUUAUCGCAGGCCUGAGCUACCCUACCAUACAAUCUUUUUCUUCGUGUCACAACAAUUCUGUGAAGUUGUAUUUUAGACAAUAUGAUAUAAAAAUUUCAAUACGAUAGAUCAAAGAAGAAUACCAAAUUCCGUUGAGUUGUCGAGAUAAAGUGAUCGAAAUAAUUGCAAAGUCUCACUUUGUUAUCGGUGAUACAUUUUACGUCUUGAUAUUUUCCUGAUAACUACUUGCUGGUGAAUUCUCUGUCCAAUUAAAAAACAGACUACCCGAUGACAAUAUUUAACGUAGCGAUGUUACUAUGUAGUCAAAUGACUAAUUGUCAAAUCGAUGAAAUCAAAAAACCUGUGUAACUCGUCAUUAUCGUAUCUUUUUAAUUAAAGCUAGAUUUAACCAGGGAUUGUGUCGAAAGCGAUCUGAUACAACAAUUACCCUUUUUAACCACUCGUCGAUGAAUGAUAAUUAUCUGUAUCCAAAGCUAAGAGUAUCAGAAUGGCCAAAAAUUAAUCCUCGUCAUAAAUGGGAUUUUUGUUUUUUCUAAAGCGAAAUACUUGAGUCAUUGAUACGUAACGAAAAAUGACCUUGUAACUUUUCCCAAAAUUAACGCAAAAAUAACUAAUGCUUUUACAGCGAAUUUCAAAUCUCGUCUCGACCGUCUCCAU